UGCAGCAGCACCUGAAACAACUGGAGAGUAAAAGAGGAGCGAUUUCAUCACGCAGAGCUUACCUGAGGAACCAGCGGGAGCUGUGUGUUCAGGCUCAUGAGCAGCAGCAGAGUUCAGUCGUGCAGAGAUCGCAGCAGAUCCGCCAACACCACACCGCACAGCUGAAGCGAGAGAAGAGGAGAGCUGAGGAAGAGCAGAUGAAGCAGUGGGUGGAGAACGAGAGAGCAAAGACACUCAACAGAGUGCGCAGCUUCAGAGAGAGGCAUCAGGGUCAGUACGCUUUACAGACGGCUGUGAAGCCGGUGUCACAUGACUCCAGCAGAGAUGACUCCUCCCAGCCCCUGUCAAUCAUCAGCCUUGGGCCGCAGAGCUCCACCCCCCACAGAAAGAGGCGGAGUCAAAAACAGCGAGACAUACCGGUGCAGAUUCUGCUGCCGCCUGGAUCAGCAUCAGCACAGCCAGACCAGACGCCUCCUGCUCCUCUUAACCCUCCUCCUCUUCUUCCUCCUCCUCCUCCUCCUCCUCCUGCUCCUCCUGCUCCACCCAUCAGUGUGAAGCUGCCCGUCCGAAACACUCUAGAGCAAAACUCAGGAUCGAUGGACGAGCUGUUGGCGUCGCUGCAGCGUGGACAGAAACAGCUGCGGAAGGUCACGGUCAGCGCAGAGAGCGGUGAUGUCAGGAACAGCCUGCUGUCAGCCAUCCGUCAGGGCGUGGCCCUGAAGAAAGUCCCGCCCUCCAGUGGCCCCUUGCACAGCACAGACUCAGAGCUCGAGCGCAGCAUCAAAGCUGCCAUGAUGAGGAUGAAGAAGGUGUCUAACGACUCUGAUGAUGAAGGGCCGUCAGACACGCCGUCUGGAGACUGGGAGAGUUAAACGUGACCAUCUAUGAUUCACAAACACUGCUGCUGCUGGAAAAUGUCGUUUCAGUUGCCAUUUCUGAUUGUCAUAGCUAACUUCCUUUGCCUAACUUUGGGUUUUUGCACUGAUAUGUCUUGUCGUAGAAAUAUAUAAGUAAUUUUCCAUGAAAAUAUAGCCAGUUACACUAAACAUUAGAAAUGUGUGAAUGACAUCUGUGACUCUGAUUUGAUCUGUUAACACUUUCAUUAAAGUGCCUGAUCAAGAUUGUA